GCUAAAGGCCAACCCUUUGAUUCGCGAUAAGAGUUUGUAUAAAUAUUGCAGUUGCAUUUUCAAUCGUUAGUUCUAACCGGUGCUUCGACAUGUUAGGAGCUGCACUGCUCUCGGUGUUGUUGUUAACGAAUCCUUCCCUAGGAUGGCCUACUUCCGGUCUAUCGGAGCUUUUGUGGGGAGCGAAACCGGAGGAAACCAACUACACUCUUCCCGAACCGGGCACCUGCGGCGUGAAUCUGGCGGAUCGUAUUCUGGGAGGAACUAAUACCGCUAUCAAUGCGUAUCCAUGGGCGGCACUGCUCAUCGCCAAACCCAUUUUCGGCAGCCGGAUUAUGUAUGCCUGUGGUGGUUCGUUGAUAUCGGAUCGUUUUGUACUGACGGCAGCGCAUUGUUUCCGGGAGAUUCCGCUGUGGAUUAAAAUCACAAAAGUCCGCCUAGGAGAGUGGGACAUCGAAAGUGAGGAAGACUGCGAUGGUGACGGUGACGACAAUUGUGCUGAUAAGGCUGUGGAUGUCGCUGUUGGAAGUCAUGUUGUACACGAAGAUUACGAUUCGCAAAACAUACACUACGAUGUGGCUUUGAUCAAGUUGGCAAAUGCGGUGACCUUCUCUGAGUACAUCUCGCCGGUAUGUCUGCCACUGACCGAUGAGCUGCGUAAUCUUCCAGACGCGGGCAGAACAUUCACGGCAGUUGGAUGGGGUACCACGGAAAAGGGUCAGGAUGAUCCUGGUGUCUAUGGCAGUAGGUACAAGCUGGAAGUCGAUCUUCCUGGUGUUGAUCUGGAAACUUGCCGCGUCAAGUAUCCCGAUGUGCUGGACUCGGAGUUGUGUGCUGGAGGUGAAGCUGGGAAGGAUUCAUGCCAAGGAGACUCCGGUGGUGGAUUAGUAGCUGCUGAGAAGGAUGGAUAUUGGUACCAGUUUGGAGUUGUCAGUUGGGGCUACGGUUGCGGCACUGAUGGCGUUCCUGGAGUAUAUGCCAGAGUGGGCAGUUUCAUUGAUUGGAUCCAGAAACAUAUGAAAUAAUUUGGUACUGUACAGCGGCUAUGCGAAAUAUAUUGAAUUAAAACAU